GCCACCCGCAUUGGGAUUCAGGAAUCCAGAAUGGUGGAUCGCUGUGGGCGCAAUCAACCGUCCUUCAGUGCCAAACAUAAUAAACCGUUGCCUCUGGAAAACGACGGAAAUAAAUUGGAAGCUUGAUCUUUAACUCUCGAGAAAUUCCAUAUCAUCUUAUAUAUCUGCAGAAAGAUUGGACUAUGGGAGAUUCAAAGGGAAAUCUAGUUACAAUGGCUAAGAAGGCCGUACUGGUCGGAUGCAACUACCCGGGAACCAAGGCGGAAUUGAAGGGAUGUGUGAACGAUGUGGAGAGAAUGUACCGGUGUCUGACUGAUCGUUUUAAAUUCCAAAAGGACAACAUAACAGUGCUCAUAGAUACGGAUGAGAACUUCAGGAAGCCCACGGGGGCCAACAUCAGGAAAGCCCUGUUGGGCCUGGUGGGAGGUGCAGAGCCCGGAGAUGUGCUGUUUUUCCACUAUAGUGGGCAUGGCGUUCGUCUGCCUGCUGAGACCGGCGACGAAGAUGAUACUGGCUAUGAUGAAUGCAUCGUUCCCACUGACAUGAAUCUUAUCACAGAUGAUGACUUUCGCGAGUUCGUCGACAAGGUCCCAAGUGAUUGUAUCUUUACAAUAGUUGCAGAUUCUUGCCACAGUGGGGGUCUAAUUAAGAAGGAAAAGGAACAAAUUGGAGAUAGUACUAAAAAUAGGAACGAGCAGAAUAGGGAAGCCCAAUUUGAUGGGGAGCAGAAGAGAGAAGGAAGAUUUGGCUUCAGAGACUUAUUAUCUGAAACUGUGCACGAUGCUGUGCAUGAUGCGUUUGAGUCUCGAGGCAUUCAUCUACCUUCCCGACAUGGGCACAAGCACCACAGUGAAUAUAAUAAAGAAGAAACAGUGAAGGUGCUGAGGUAUAGGGAAGGAGAAGCUAGAAACAGGUCUCUUCCUCUGUCUAUAUUGAUUGAAAUUCUGAAAGAGAAAACUGGUCGAGAAGAUAUUGAUAUUGGGAAAAUCCGGGCAACUCUUUUUGACAUUUUCAGAGAGGAUGCAAGCCCCAAAGUGAAGAAGUUUGUGAAAGUUCUUGUGACCAAACUGGAGUCAAAUGAUGAUGGUGGGUUCCUUGGGGCCAUUGGAAAUUUGGCUCAGCAGUUUCUGAAGCAGAAAUUGGAAGACAGUGGCGAUAGUUCUGGGUAUUUAGAGCCGGCAUUGCAGGAAAAUGUUUCCAGCACCCAUGAAGUGUAUGCUGGAUCUACUAAGAAUAGGGUUCAAGAUAUGGGAAUGUUGAUCAGUGGUUGCCAAUCUGAUCAAACUUCUGCUGAUGCAAAUCCUACUGGAAACCCAAAUAAUGCAUAUGGAGCUUUAAGUAAUGCGAUUCAAGCAAUCCUUUCUGAGCAUUAUGUUCCCAUGGCAAACCGUGAGCUAGUGAUGAGAGCUCGGAAGAUGCUCUCAGACCAAGGUUUUACACAGCGCCCAGGUCUCUACUGUAGUGAUUGGCAUGCAGAUGCCCCCUUCAUUUGUUGAUUUAAAAAUCAUGACUCAAUCAUUUGAGCGUAUAAAGUUAUAAACCAUAGCUUCUGCAUAAGUGUGACUUUGCAAUAUGUGUUCUGAUAGUGGUUUCAUUAGUAAAUCGUAUAGGGCCCAUGAGGACAACUUAUAGGCAUUUUUUGAGUUCCUGUGGAUUAAAUGCCUUAGCGGUUCCUGAAAGACAAUAUAAAUAGUUCCAUUUAAACCAUUUUAUUUUUGAUUGCUGACUCACUAUCUGGUCUAGUCUGUAGUCUUUCUAAAAACUUUUGUUAGUGUUAAAAAAAUGAACAUUUCCAAAGGGAUUGCAAUUACUGAACUGCAUUCACGUUUUA